AUGUCUCUAACUCUGUACCCAUGCGAACGUUGCCAAGAUUAUUUUAGUUCUGAAUAUGCUUUAGCGCAUCACCAUCGGUAUAAUCAUACAAGCGAACCAGAUUUGCGAUGUUCGGAUGGAAUCGAGCUCGAGUCGCAUGCAGCGUUAACCGAAACAUCGUCUCACGAACCGAAUCUUUGUCGAGAGUCACAAAUGGAAAUCGAUUGCUUCGAUCAGGCUUCAGUGAUCGAAGGUUCACGCACCAAAUACGUGUGCAAAAUGUGCCACGAAGUAUUUAUAACCGAGAGCCUACUGACGAGCCACCAAAAACUGGUUCACCUAGAGCUGUUGGUCCACGUGUGCGCCGUGUGCCACGAAGUAUUUCCUGAACGGCACGCUUUGAUAAGCCACAAAGAACAUUGCGAUAGUGGAAAUAACUACGAGUGCAACGUGUGCCACGAAGCAUUUCCACUUCAAAGACUACUGACGAACCACGAAAAACUAUCACACCCAGAGAGAAGUUUUAAAAGAAGAAAACUUGAUACGACACAAAAAUGA